AUGGACAAGGUCGACAUGUCAUUAGAUGAUAUAAUUCGUCUCAACAAGAAAACGCAGAAACUGAACAAGAAACAAGGACCCGUGAACCACAGACCAGUCAAGAAGAAAGGCCGUGUACUGCAAGGAAAAGUCAAGCCCAGAGCCGCUGCUGCUGCUGCUGCCAGUCAGAGAGGAGCUUUACCGCAAAGAGCAGCUCUGAAACAGAACAACAGAAACUUCGGAGCUCGGAGACGGGGGCAGACUGCAGGAGUCGUCACAGGCCUGGCGUCCCGUAGGACAGGUGCACUUCUCAAACGACUGGGGACAAUCAACAGGACAACAGGUGCUCAAGGAACACGCAGUCUCUUAACAAGGGCAAAAACAAGACCUUUUACUCAAAAUGCUGCUAGUACAAACCAGUACAGGAAAUUUGAGAAGAAGAUCCACCGACAGCCAGAACCUCAGCGCAGUCCUCAAACGGCAACAAUCAAAAGACCUUUCCAGCUUCGUCGGAGACCUCUGCCUUCACUCCAGUCUCAGAAAGACGCUCGUCAAGCCACUUACCUGUUCCACAGAGGACUCAAGAUUCAAGCCCAGGUCCAAAACCCAAGUCCACCUGUCCGAACACGAGAGUGGCGUACAAACACCAACAAUGGACUUCUGACUGUAUCCAUUGACAAUCCGUCAGCCAGAACUCAACCUGAACCUCCCACUGCAUACACGCUGCACCCCCCUGCUGUAAGCCCUCCCCAGGUCAAAGUCGAGACAGCGGAAAGAAAGAUCCCCAAAGGAGUGGCCCUUCAGUUUGAUAUCAACAGUGUUGCCAAACCAAAAACAUCCAUGACUUUAAACGACCGUUUCCGGAUACUGAAGGACCAGCGCACGGCGAAAGCACAACACGGCAAAGGCAACCGCUUUGUGACCGUAGGCUGA